UGUGUGCUGCUGGCCGUGACGUCUUAUGAUUGCUAUGUGGCAAUCUGUCAUCCCCUUCUCUACGCACUUAUCACAAAUUGGAGGGUGUGCCUCACCCUUGCCACAGUUUCAUGGGCUUUUGGGUUCCUACUCGGUACCCACAAGCCUCUAGCUUCACACCUGCCUUUCUGUGGCCCCUGCAAGGCUGACCUUGAAAUCCUUGCUGUCUUAAAGCUGGCCUGCACUGACACUACUGCCAAUAAAGUCCCAAUCUUUGCAAUUUUUGUGUGCUUCUUCCUCUUCCCUUUAGCCUUAAUCCUGAUUUUCUACGUGCAUCUAGCCGCCAUUCUGCACAUCUGCUCUGCGACAGGAUGGCACAAAACCUGCCACCUGACUGUGGUGGGUCUGUUUUAUGCAAAAGACAUCUUCAUGUCUAUGGGGCCUGGGACUGGUAACUUGUCUGGGAGGGAGGAAGCUCUUUCCAUUUUCUACAGUCUCAUCAGCCCAAGUUUGAAUGCCCUGAUUUACAGUCUGAGGAAAAAGCAGGUGAAGGAAACCUUGCUGAACCUUUAG